CACGUUCCCCAUCCAGGGCGAGUUGACUCCACUGCCCUGGUUCUAACUGGUGAUGACCACUCUUGACAGCUUUCAUUCAUCAGCUUGCGGGAGGAGCAAUCACAUUGACUUGUCUUUGUUGACGUGGAUUAUUUUCUGUUCAUCUUUCGAUUCUUUUCUAUUACUCUUUUUCCGGACCGCCCAUGAACAACAGAGGAAAGCCCUGAGGAAACUUCUUAAAAGCAGAACAAGACCAUGAGUGUGAUUAUAAUAAGAAUUGGAAAGUUAUUCGAGAGGGCCUUCGCACCCAAUUAGUGACGUGAAUUAGUGUAUUUUCUGCUCCAUCCAGCAGAGGGCCAGCUUUGUUUACAAGAUGAACUACUGUAUGUUGAGAUGCGGGAGAAGGAGGGGCUGCUGGGUUGUAUCCGGUAGCCGCAGGCUGUGCAAGUACAGACGACGCACGGGCGGUCCGAUACAGCCAAUUUUAGCAUUCAUCCGAUACAAAGUGGUCAGUACCACCAAUCGAUACCUUCUAUUUGACAUCAUCGAAUGAGUUGGUGAUUUUUGCCUUUCAUUUGUUCAUGAUUGUAAUCGCAUUAAAAGGCAGGAAAACGAUUUUAGGCAAACCAAAGUAUUUGUUAUGCAUAAUUUAUAUUUAAUACGAUUGAAGCCGAUGUAACAAUAUAUACAAAAUAAGUUCUCGUUCAAAUCCUUCAAGGUUCUCCUGAAUAAACAAACGCGAUAACUGAAAAAUAUCAAUUCGAUACGGUUUCUACCCCUUGGUAUCGAUACCAUAGAUAAUUGGAUCGACGUGCCCACUCUGGUGCAGACGGACGGAGCUGCUCCCUUGAGGACGGAUGCUGCUGACGGAUGCCGAAUGAAGUGACAGCUUGUUUUUUUCUUGGCGUAUUUUGUUGUUUAUUUGGAUGUGGUUUUGAGGGCGGUGAAGAAAGUAAAGAUUUCGUCGUGUUUAAACCGUAAGACAGCAGCUUUUGUUUGCAAUGAAGACAAAAGGAGCUGCUGUAUGGUUGAACAUAUCAUGUUAGAAUUCUUAGAAGGUCUUGGAGGAUCUCGGAGGAUGGAGAGGUGAUUAUUUGAUCGUUUCGGAGAGAGCUGUCACUCGGAGGCCUUGUUUGGAAACCAACUGACCGAACAGCAUUAGAUGCUCUUGUACACAAAGACGACCGCGGCCACCAUUGCUUCCGCCGGUAGAUGUUCUUGUCUCUGACGUUUUUCCUGUGGGGGAUCUACCGGCAUUGGACCACCAUGUUCAGCUCAGACCGGCUCACAGUGCCGGACUACGUCAGCCGGCUCCAGCGAGGAAGGAGCGGUUCGGGGGGAGAGCAAAGACCGGUGUCUCCCGGGAUCCACGCUGAAGUGCAGGCGGUUCUGGAUACGUCACUCCCCGCCUUGCGCUCCGCCAUCCAGCGGCUCAAAUCCUCCAAGGGAACAUCCGAUUCCAAUGAGACUCGCAGGGCCGUCGCGGAGAUCUUCCAGCUGGUGGAGGAGGCCUGGGUCCUCCCCGGCGUUGGACGUCAGGUGGCCGAAGAGAUCUGCAACAGGAUACGGCUGGAUGGAGGCCUGGAGCACCUGCUGCAGCUCCAACAAACACCUGCUGUGGAGAUCACCUACGAGUCUGCUAAGCUACUGGAGCAGAUACUGGUGUCAGAGAACAGAGAUUAUGUAGCCCGCCUGGGACUGGGGGUCAUCCUCAACCUGACUCGACAACAGGAGGAUGCGCAGCUGGCUCGCAGCGUGUCAGGGAUCUUGGAGCACAUGUUCAAACACACAGAGGAGACGUCCGUCCACCUGAUCACUAACGGCGCCCUGGAUGCUCUCCUCUACUGGUGCAGAGGCACGGACCCCACCGUGCUGCGUCACUGUGCCGUGGCCUUGGCCAACUGCGCCAUGUACGGAGGCCACCGCUGCCAGAGAUGGAUGAUUGAGAAGCAGGCGGCCGAGUGGCUCUUUCCUCUGGCCUUCUCCAAAGAGGAUGAACUCAUCCGCUUCCACGCGUGCCUGGCUGUUACUGUUUUAGCGGCCAAUAGGGAAAUUGAAAAGGAGGUGGUGAAAUCUGGCACCUUGGAGCUCGUGGAGCCCUUCAUCGCAUCGCUGGAUCCAGACGACUUUGCUCGCAGUUUGUCAGACAGCGCCGACUGCAUGCAGGGGAAGACGGCAUCCGACCUGCAGCACCUCCUGCCGUUGCUGGAUGGCACUCGACUGGAGGGCAAGUGCAUCGCGGCCUUCUACCUCUGUGUUGAGACCAGCAUCAAAUCCCGUCAACGCAAUACUAAGAUUUUCCAAGAGAUUGGAGCGGUACAAAGCCUAAAAAGAAUUGUCAUGUACUCCAGUAACGGCACAGCAAGUUCCCUGGCCAAGCGGGCGUUGAGAAUGAUGGGAGAGGAAGUACCCAAGCGUAUUCUGUCAAGUGUGCCCAACUGGAAGACGUGCGAGGUGCAGACCUGGCUGCAGCAGGUCGGCUUCAGUACCUUCUGCGAUCGCUUCCAGGAGCUGCAGGUGGAUGGAGACCUCCUGCUGAACAUCACAGAGCAGGAUCUGAUUACGGACCUUGGCAUGACUGCUGGCCUCUGCCGAAAAAGGUUCCUAAGAGACCUGCGCGUGCUAAAAACCUACGCCAACUACGCCACAUGCGACCCACACAACAUGGCCGACUGGUUGACGGAGGCAGACCCUCGUUUCCGUCAAUACACCUACGGCCUCGUCCAGUCGGGAGUGGACCGCAACAACAUCCAGAGCCUGACGGAUCAGCAGCUCCUGAACGACUGCCACAUACUCAACGGAGUCCACAGGGCCAAGAUCUUGGCGGUGAGUCGUAAGCCGCUUAGACCCUGCAACACAGACGCCCAACCUGCAGGGCCUGAUGUGUUCAUCAGCUACCGCCGCACCACGGGAUCACAACUGGCAAGCCUCCUGAAGGUGCACCUGCAGGUUCGGGGGUUCAGCGUCUUCAUCGAUGUGGAGAAGCUGGAGGCCGGGAAAUUUGAGGACAAACUGAUUCAAAGCGUCCAACGUGCACGGAACUUCAUCCUGGUCCUGUCUGCCAACGCUCUGGACAAGUGCAUGGGAGACACCGCGAUGAAGGACUGGGUGCAUAAGGAAAUAGUCACAGCCUUGGCGGGGAAGAAGAACAUUGUUCCGGUCACAGACAAUUUUGCUUGGCCUGACCCAAUGUCUCUGCCAGAGGACAUGAGAUCAAUUCUCAACUUCAAUGGUAUCAAGUGGUCCCAUGAAUAUCAGGAGGCCACAAUUGAGAAGAUCCUGCGCUUUCUUAAGGGAAACCAAGACCUACUGGAUAGCUCCAAAGAGCAGAAGAAGAAAUAAAAACAUCCAGGUUGUAAUAACUCCCAAAUGACGCCAAAAAUCUACCGAACUGGCCGGCAGUCUUCUCCUGCUCAUCCCAUGCGCAUGUGACGCUAACCUGACCAUGUUAAGACCACACUUGUGUGAUGAUAUAUUGCAAACAAUACAAUGAAGACUAAAAGAGGACUGCCCAUAAAAGCUGUGACCCCUUAACCUUAAUCGCUUCAUACCGGUGAGGAUGUGAUAUCAGGUACAGAAUACGCCUUUUGUGUCUCAGGAACAGUAGACGGUUCAACAUGCUCAUACGUAAACUACUGUAUACCCCAAUCUCAUGUCAUUUAAGUUUACAUAGCAAUUUUUCAUAAUUAUUUCUCAUAAUUCUUGCUAUAUAUACACGGUGCAUUGGACCCUGGCUUUGGAACUUGCACUAGGAUGUCAUGUCAUCUGUGAAACUACUGAUUCAGAUUUAAGAUUUGCUUCUAUUCUCCACUGCGGUGGGUAUUGAUACUGAGCAAAUAUUAGUCGCCUGGGGGAGACGCAUCGUCUGUGUAUUUAACGUAAAGUGUAAAGGACUAAAAUACAUGUACAACAGAGAGAACACAAACAGGAAGCACAGGGACAUAACACCUUAGGUGAUGCAGAGAGGUGGGUAAGGGAUUUCAUCUUUGUCAAACGCCAUCUUUUAUUAUUCAAUAAAAGAACUGUAGCCUGACAAACACAUUCUGUGCAGCAUUUUUUUAAAAUUUAAAAAUGUAAGCCGUAAAGUGCAUAUCAAAUGUAUUAUAAAAAUUACAUGCACUCUUUUGCAAGGUUUUAAGGUGAUUCUACAGAAUGAAAAGCAUGUAUCUCCAAAAUUUGUCAGCGUUUUUCAGGGAAAGAAAAAAAACCCAAUAAAAAUGUAUUUUCUUUUGUGUUUUGGCUCACAGAAUCUGGAGAAGUAUGCUUGUAUUGAACAGCAACAACUGUUUUCCUAAAAUAUGAUAUAAUAAAUGCUACUGCUGUUACCAGUCUAAAUAAAAGCGGGAAAGAGGCUAAAUUCAUAUAAAAAAGUACAAGAAAAAACAAGUAUAGAUAUAUAUAUAUAUUGGGGGUGUCAAAUUAUUACUAAUUUUAAAUCAGAUUAAUCAGUUUUAAAUGAAAUAAUCACGAUUAAUCACCAUGAUCAACUAUGUCUUAAAUAUGCUCAUUUUAACUGUAUUUAAUGAACAGAAAGUUCAUUAAAUACAGUAAAAAUGAAAGAUAAAUGUCAGGACAGGAUUAUAUACAUUUGUAUGUAUUAACAGCUCCAAAUGAACUGAAUAUGUCAGUCAAGCUAAAACAUACCACACAAGUCUAAAAAUCUGUUUGUCUAACACUCGUCUCUUUCAUAGCAGCAGAACAUUUGAACACUUUAAACGGUGUUACUACGAGCAAUGAGGGGUUGCGUUCAAAGGCAUCAUGUAAUUAAAGGUAAAUUGAAUUGUUUUCAGUGUAUUUUCCAGCAUCCCGUAUUUUCACGACCAUAAGGCGAGCUUAAAAGUCUUAAAUUUUGUCCAAAAUGGGUGUGGCGCCUUAUAAUGCGGCACGCCUCAUGUGUGUACCGAGUUCCAAAAUCUGUAAGUGUUGCUGUGUGACUUAUGAGCGCUCCGCUCGACUGACUGGGAGCGUCUCCUGCCGACACGCUGCAAAUUGUACUUCCGCAGUAAGAGUAACAAAGUGAGUGUGAUAAGAAUAUCCACUUAUUGAUUUUCAUUACAUUUCUGUUUAUUUAGACCACCCAUACACGCAUAAUAAAGACGUUGUGAUGUUUGGAGU